CACUAUAAAAAGGGCUCUUCUUAUAGCACCAUGGAAAGCAAACACUUCAAUAAUGUCUACCACACACUUGCUAAUAUUGCUACUUGGAGUGGUGGCUCUCGCCACUCCCUCUUUUGGUACCUAUGAGUCUCCCAACUAUGGGAAGCCCCCUACUCCUGUUUAUAAACCUCCUAAGGUGAAACCCCCACCUUAUGAACAUAAGCCCCCUGUUUAUGAACCACCAAAGAAGGAGAAGCCUGAGCCUAAACCACCAGUUUAUACGCCUCCAAAGAAAGAGAAGCCUGAACCCAAACCACCAGUAUAUGAACCUCCAAAGAAGGAAAAGCCUGAGCCUAAGCCACCAGUUUAUACGCCACCAAAGAAAGAGAAGCCUGAGCCCAAACCACCAGUAUAUGAACCUCCAAAGAAGGAAAAGCCUGAGCCUAAGCCACCAAUUUAUAUGCCACCAAAGAAAGAGAAGCCUAAGCUUAAACCACCAGUGUAUGAACCACCAAAGAAGGAGAAACCUGAACCUAAGCCACCAGUUUAUGCACCUCCAAAGAAAGAAAAACCAGAACCCAAACCACCAGUUUAUAAGCCUCCAAAGAAGCCACCAGUGUAUGAGCCUAAGCCACCAAAGCCACCGGUUUACACACCACCAAAGAAAGAGAAGCCAGAACCUAAACCACCGGUACAUGAGUCUCCCAAGAAACCACCAUAUGGUCACUAUCCAGGACACCCUCCACUGGGGAAGCCUCAAUAAAGAGAUCCCAUCGGCUAGCCAUGCCAAGAACUGAGCUACUAUGGCUAUAUGGAUAAAUUAGUAUCUAUACAAUAAAAGUUGCUUCCUACUCAUGUUCUAUGUUCUUGUAUGUUCUUGUAUGUUAUGUAGGAAUGUUUUCUUUUACUAGCGAGAAUGCUUAUGGCAGUACUCAUUGGAAUGUCUAUUCUAUGUCAUCUUAUUUCUCAAUGAGCAAUAUCCUGAUUUCAAUACAAA